AACAUGAGUAAUUAUGGGGAAAAUAUUUUUUAAAGAAAAGUAAGCAAGGGUCGUUGGUUCAAUGAUUUUCAAGAUUACGUUGCUGAAGGUAUAUGUUUGGAUGGUAUGUGUACUUCAGUGUUUGUGUAGUGUGACAGAUAGAAAGCUCGAGGCCUGCUAUGGCGACGGUUGGAGAUUACAGCCCGUGUGUGGCUUUGAAGAAGUCGUUUAUCCGUACCAAGUACUACUUGGUGCCAAAGAUCCAAACAUUUGUCCCGCAGUUCUGCAUAAAAACCAGACAAAUUCUACCCUGACCGACCAGUGUUGUCAGAUUGAUCAGUCAAACACGUGUGGGGGGUUAUUAAAUGUAUCUAAUUAUAGAACGUACAGAGACUAUUUUGAGAACUGUAUAGGAAGAGUCCAGUGUACAUACCUACCAAUAGAGCGAACACGGAGCUCAACUUUUUCCAGUACCUGUGAUCCACAGUUCCAUGAAAACACAACACUAGUUACAAUGAUUUAUCAGUGUGUUAAAGAUGUAAAAAAUAUAUUUAACACGGAAAUCAUCACAAAUCGUACAGAUAUUCAUUUGAAAGGACAGGAAUAUGGAAACCCGAUACUGCAAAGAAACUCAGAUUGCGACAGUGUUGAUGACGUCAUUCAGUGUUCAGUAGAAGCCCUGAGUUGUGAUGACGUGAUUGAUGUACAGGCGUGGGACUACAGGCUAGAGUGUGGACAGGAGUUGUGGUUCUGUGAUUCAAAUGAGACUGUUAAACUGACGUGUGACAAUAACACAGGGAUACAGAAAACGGACGUGUAUCACAGCUUGUCUAAUUACGUCACUGUAACGUUCAAAAACAGUCUGUCACGUGAUGGAGGAUAUUUCUGGCUCACGUUCAAUCCAGUUCCCGUAAAUUCCACCUUAACAGUCAGCUGUCCCGUGCGGAAGUCAACCUGUCCCGGAUCUUCCGGUUGUCAAGCAGUUCGGAGUCGGUCCUGUCGACCCAGUGACAAUGAUGAUGACAAAACUUUACUUAUAAUCGCUGGUGUUGUUGGGUGUGUAAUCCUAUUGAUAUUGAUUAUUCUAAUCGUUAUAAAGUGGAAACAUCGACAGAAAAAGAUUGACCCGGAUAUUGAGACAACAAAGAAGAAUCCGUACGUUGGACAAAAUGGGAAUGAGUUACAGACUGCCUCUCGUAAACGACGUCCAAACAACCGGUUAUCUCCCAUUCCACCAACUAACCAACGGAUAGAGAGAGAGGGAACCGGGAAACCGAAAAAGGGAAAGAAAAGGAAAAAAGACAAGGGGAAGGAUGUGCCAUCAACACCAAGGGAAGUAACUACAACACCAAAGGGACGGAAAGAAAAGAAAAAGAAGAAAGAUAGGGAGCUGAACGGGUCGCUUUCAAGAGAGGCAUCUAAAAUGUCAGAAGGAAGGAAAAGCAAGAGGAAGAAAAGAAAGAAACACAAAGAUGUCUCCAGGGGCAGUGAAUCAAAUGGAAACUGAAUAUGACAUUUGUAAAGAAUUUAUCACUUUUUGAAAACAACAAAAUGUAUAGCUAGCGCAAUUUUAAAGAAAUGCAUCUUCAGUUUGAAUUCAGAUCUUGGAGAGGCAUUGAAAGUAUCAAGUGAUCUGCUGUUACAUUACUAUUGAAAAUCAAUUUUGAGUUAGGUUUGAUUCUUUGUGAACUUGUUCAUGGUGUGAUUCUGAGGUUCAA